AUGAAGUCAGAAGUCAAGAUUCAAUCAAUAGAGGAGGAUCAGAAUGAUGAUGACUCUUGGCAGAGUUAUGAUGAGGAUGAUGGAUUGACUGGUCAAGACGAUGUUGAUUAUCAGAGUGACGAUGAGACAAUGACAUUCGAGAUCAAGAGCUAUGAUGAUGAGCUGGAGGAAUACGUCACUGAAUAUGAGCAACUACUGAAAGAGGAUCCUACUCUUGGUGUGGAGAGUUCUGAUGCUAAUGAUGAUGAAGCUGAUGAUGCUGCUCAGUCAGGUGACAACAAGAGGAAGAAGAAGAAUAAUAACAAAGGAGAUAUUAAUAAUGAUAAGAUCAACAAAGACAAGAAAGUAAAGACCAAUCAAAAGGAGCGAUCUGUCACAGAGAGUACUGAGGAUUCAUUCUUCAUUUCAAACUCUGAUACAAAGAAGAAGGCUGUACCACAGGCAAAGGAGUCAAAGAAGAAGAACAAAGUCAAUGAUGAUAAACAAUCUACAAACAGCAACGACAAGAAAAGAAAGCAACCUCCAGCCAAGACAGAACAAGUACAAGAGGAGGAGGAGAGUGAGGAGGAGCAACCACAACAGGAGCACAAGAAACAGAAGAAGGAAGUGAAUGGAUCAAAGAAGCAGCAGCCAGAGCAGCAGCCAGAGCAGCAGCCAGAGCAGCAGUCAUCAAAGAAGGGUGAUGGUGAGAACAACAACAAGCAGAAGAAGAAGGAGAAGAAGCAGAAGAAAGAGAAGAAGGAGAAGACAACUGAUGGAGAUCAACAACAUCAACAACAAAAAGUGUUGACCAUUGAGGACAAGAAGGACAGGUUCAAAAAGAUUGUAAAGAAUGCCAGUGUAAAGGUGCUGAAGGAGGACAGUGAGGCCCAGAUCGACCAGAAGAAGCAAAAGAUGGAGUCACUUUUCUUGGGCUCACUCAGUGGUGAGAAGAAGGCACCCGGUGGUGCUCCUGUCAAGGUCAAGGGUAACAGAAUGGGAAGUAGAGCUAGAAGAAAGUUGGCACUGUCAGUAUUUGGAGAGGAGUCUCAUCACCAUCAAAAGGCAAAGGAAUCAGGAGGUAACAACAACAAGCAACAGCAUACAUCUGGCGGCAAACAACAGGUUGAUACUCCAAAGGUGGUGAUCGAUAAGAAAUUACAUCCAUCCUGGAAGGCAAAGAUGCUUGCUCAGCAAAAGGUUACCAUCGUUGAUAGCAACUCUACUGCUAACGAUGAUAUCGUUACCUUUGAUUAA